UCUUGAUGCCACUACCAAUUUCCACCAUCAUCUCCUUGUUGUUGUUGUCGUCGCCGCCACGGACGGCGGCAAUAACACAUCAAUGGACCCUAACAACAACAUCUCGACGACACCAGAAUCCUCCUCUCUCUCUUAUGAACCUUCACUUAAUAGCAAUGAUAUUGCCCCUAGCAGCAACAAUUAUAACCACAUUCUUGAAAUUAGCCUCAUCUCUGCCCAAGACUUAGCUCCUGUAUCCAAAUCUCUACGUACUUAUGCACUUGCAUGGAUUAACCCGAACAGAAAAAGAAGCACACGUAUUGACAAUGAAGGGCACAAUAAUCCCUCAUGGAAUGACAAGUUCUCCUUCAAGGUCAAUGAUGAGUUCCUAUAUUCAGAAACUUCUGCAGUUCAUGUUGAGAUUUACACUGUUUCUUGGUUUAGGGAUGUGUUAGUUGGUACAGUUCAUGUUCUUUUGAAUAAUCUCAUCAACCCUUUUGUUAAUUCAAAUGGCAAAAGAUUUGUUGCUUUACAAAUUAGAAGGCCAUCAGGAAAUCCACAAGGAAUUCUCAACAUGGGUGUCUCACUUAUUCAUAGUUCUAUGAGAAGUAUGCCACUAAUUUGUAAUGAUAUUAUGAAUCCUUCUUCUUUGGAUUGUCGAGACAUUUUACACAAGAAAAUGAAUGAAAAUUAUCAAGAAGAUGAUGAGAAACAAAGGCAAAUAAAUGAUAAAAUCCAACUAUGGAGAUCUUUGAGUUUAGGGUAUUCAGAAGUUAACAAUGAAGAUUUUCCUAACAAAGCUGGCUCAGUUUGUAAUGGCUCAAUGGUGAAUGGAUCAAUGUGCAAUGGUUCUAUAGUAAAUGACUCAGAAUUGUGUUCCGAUAUUGGUCCAUCAGCUUCCAUUGUUGCAGCUGAGAUAGCCGCUAAAAGGUACCAACCACCACCGCAGCGAGUCCGGCCUGAGCCACCACAAGAAGUGCAGAUCAAACAACCAACGGAAAUGGAAGAUGGAGAAAGCUCAAUAUUAGAGGAUUUAACAGUAGAGGAAGCAUAUGCUAAAGGGUUAACAUCAAGUAUGGAGAAAGGGAGGAAGGAGACGGCGGCACAGGCGAUGGUAAACGGAGGACAUUCACGGCGGAACUCCGACGGAGGGUUGUUUUCUUGCUUUGGAAAUGCAUAUGGUAUUGAGUUCAGAAUUGUUUGUGGAGCAAGUAACAAUAACAACAAGAAUAAUCAUGGGAAUAGUAGUAGGAUUCCUAAUACUAGCAACAGAAGCAGAAAAAAGUGGUCUAGUGAGACAAAUUCAGCUUGAGGACAACCUUAUUUUAGUAAAUGUAAAGUGUUACAGACUAAAUUAAAAGUUGUUUAAACUCGAGUAGUCUUCGCCAUAAGGGGCUAAUUUUAUUUAUAAUCUUUUUGGUAAUGAA